AUGAAGAACAGUACUAAAGGUGCGAUUCUCCUAGUGAUGGCGAUGUUUCUCCUCGCGAGCCCGUCAUCGUUAAUGGCGGAGGCAACAACAAGAUACAUAAGUCCGUGUGUCCUAAACCCUAAUGAGGCUGGAUGUCCCGGCGCCGCCGCUAUUAUUGGCUGUACUCCGCCUCCUAGUACUCCUGUCCCGGCCAAUCCUUACCACCGUGGUUGCUUAACCAUCAACCGCUGCCGUCCAGGUAAUGGCGCCGACGCCGGCGACCAUGCCUAG